CGUUGAUCAGAGAGCUCUUCAUUGACACUUCAGCGAUGAAAGAGCAUCUCUUUAUCCUUUUCUUGCUUACAGGAUUCAUUCCCUUCACUCUCUCUAUUCCUCGUAAGUAUUAUCUGAUCCAGCAAGGAAAAAUAUGGAGUGAUGCUCAGACCUACUGCCGAGCUACACACACUGACCUGGCCACCAUAGAAGACGCCAAAAACAUGAUCCGAGUCCAAUAUGUUGCACAGAGUGAAAAUUUUAAAUCUAGUGCUUGGAUUGGGCUUUCAAAUGAUGUCAACAGCUGGCACUGGUCAAUGGGAAAUCAACCACUUGGAAGCUUUUAUACCUGGUUUGGAACAAAUCCUGACAACUGGAAGGGAAAAGAAGCUUGUGUUACAAUAGCUCCAUCGGGUUGGUACGAUUGUCCAUGUGCUAACGUGUAUCCUUUUGUCUGCUAUGAUGCCACUAAAAGCACAGGACAAUACAUUUACUACUCUAGUUUAAAGAAUUGGUCUGAUGCUCAAAGUUACUGCAGACAGUAUCACACAGAUCUGGCCAGUGCAAAAACCUCAACAGAGAAUUCAAUCAUCAAAGCAAUGAUCAAAGUCAACACAUGGUUUGGUCUGUUCAGAGAUUCGUGGAAAUGGUCAGAUGGUACCAUUUUACCAGCAUUCCCAUGA